AUGCAUCGCAUUGAAUCGGCCAUCGAAAAAGCAGUCAAGCUCCGUUCCCAUGGAAUAUUUGUCAGCGAAUCGUUCGAUUUGGCAAGGCAACAAGCAAAAAAUGCAUUGGAGCAAAAUAUUACGCCAUUUCCAGUAGUCAUUAAAGACUGUUUCCUGUAAGAAACUUAAAAAAAACGCAAUACCGUAUCACACAGUGAUAAUUUGCAGAACAAAAGGAAUAACGACGACAUGCGCAUCGCAAAUGCUCGAAAAUUAUCAACCACCAGUGAAUUCGACCAUAGUCGAAAGAAUCGUAGCGAAAGGAGGAUGCAUUAUCGGAAAGACGAAUCUGGACGAGUUCUGCAUGGGAACGUCAUCAGCGCUAGGCCACUUCGGCCCGGUCAAAAGUGCUCUUUCCGAAGCGUCAGCAGAUGAUUGGACGAUUCCCGGUGGUAGUUCUGGAGGAUCUGCAGUCGCCGUUCAAACAGGAAUUGCCGAUGUGUGGGUUUAUUCAUGCGCCACUCUUUGGAAAAUGGUCUAAUUUCAGCGCCCUCGGAUCAGAUACUGGAGGUUCCACAAGAAACCCGGCAGCAUUCAACGGAGUGUUCGGAUUCAAGCCGACGUACGGAGUUCUCUCUCGUCACGGCCUAAUUCCACUCGUCAACUCUCUCGACGCACCAUCCAUUUUCGCAAGAAGUGCCGAAGACUGCUGGAAGUUUUUACAGAAUAUGAAAGGAAUCGACGAGGCGGACGCCACUUCCUUCGAUCUUCCAGAAACGUCAGAAAUUGACUCUGUGAAAGGACUAAAAAUCGGAAUUCCGCUCGAAUAUCACAACGAAUGUUUAUCGGAGGAUGCCUGGCGACUCUGGAAUCGAGCAGUGGGACUAUUAAAGAAAGGCGGAGCUGAAAUUCGACAAAUCAGUCUUCCCACCACAAAGUUUUCUCUCGCCUGCUACUCUGUUAUUGCUGCUGCAGACGUGGCUUCUAAUAUGGCCAGGUUAGUAGACACGUGGAUUCUUCUCGUUUGCGAAUUAUCUUCCUUCCAGAUAUGACAGUGUGGCUUACGGCCAUCGUUCAUCCCGCGACUCAUCCACCUAUGAAAUGUACGCUUCCUCGAGAUCGGAAUCUUUGAAUGCAGUUGUUAGAAGACGAAUUUUUGCCGGAAAUUACUUUCUCAUGAAACAGUCAGUUUCUUAGCUCCAUCUCUCCGUCAAUUAUAUUUUCAGGUACCGUAAGCUUUAUUACGAGCGGGCACUGAGAGUCCGCAGAGCCAUCAAUGACGAACUGCGAGCCGCGUUUAAAACAGUUGAUAUUAUCGUUACUCCGACCGCAUCUGGGGCCGCACCAAAGUAUUCCGAACUGAGGAAUACGCUUUUCUCGAAGGAGGACGACGACGACUACUUUACGCAGGCGGCCAAUCUUGCAGGCGUUCCGUCUAUCUCCGUGCCUGUUGGAACGAGUGAAAGACUGCCGAUCGGAGUGCAGUUGAUGGCCGAUCGACUGAACGAUAGAACUGUUUGUGACGUGGCACGAAUUCUCACUACAUCGUUUAACUAUUAA